AGUCCCACAGGGGCUCAUGUUGAAUGGUGCAAACAACUGAUUGCAGCCACAAUGUCAAGUCAGAUCUCUGGACCCAUCAGCUCAGAGAUGAUUUCCAGAGAUUAUAAGAUCUCCACCCAGUGCUUUAAGUUUAAAUACUCUUAUGCAAGAUUCAGCGGACAUGUGUUGUCAUGAAACCACAGAGAAUCAGAACAUCGCUGAUGAAAUGAUUUCAUUUUAUCAAGUCUUCACGGAUGCAUAGUACACAUGGAAAAGAAAGUUCUCUCAAUAUGUAACGCAUUUUGAUACUAAACCCCUUUGGUGGAACAUAAAAGGUUAAUUUUUCCUGGCCAUAUCAUGGGACUAUAAAAGCAUCAUAAAAUAGUCCAGACAACUGGGCAUCUGGAGUCAUAAGAAAGAACAGACUGAAAACAGGACUGCGAUGUGGAGGUUAAAGGAUUUCUCUUGGACAGUGACCCUCAGCAGACUGCUCCUUCUUCGGCAAGUCUUUCUGUGUGUGUGUGACGCCGUUAACUAUUUGACAUAAUAAUUAACUUACUAACAGACUGAAUUUCAGAGUGUUUCAUCUGUAUAUCUAUUAAAACAACAGUCUAUCUGACUGUCAAUGUGGAUUUCUUGAAUAGUCUGGUCAUUAUAAUGAACUCUUUUUGAAAAUGACCAGCAUGUCCAUGUAAAUGUGCUAAUUGUAAUAUUUGGACAUAUAUUUGUAUGCUUGUACACAGUUUUUUUUCCUGUGCCACAAAUGCUUUGGAAAGAGCAUGCUUUGUAUUUGAAUCUCCAGUAAGGCUUAUUGUAUUCUACAUUAUUGGUGCAGUAGAUCACUGAAUGUGUGAGGGGAAAAAUACAGAUGUUUUGACUCAUAUGAGGCAUUAUGAAAUAUCCCCACCCCGUGCCAUCUUUUCAGGGCUUUAUUAGCAUAAUGUAGAACAGAUCACCAUAGAUCUUUUGUGUUGGUGAAGGUCAAGCCUGUUGAACUCCACAGUGCCGUCGUUGUCCUGCAGCUGGACUGGAAGAGAAAGACUGGAUUCUCUGAUUCCUCUGUGUCCGUGAAGCUGCCAAGCAGUUGUGUCACUGUGGGUGGAGCAGACCCGUGAGCCCCCAUCUCAUCCUGCUGAGCUCCAUAUACUCGUUGUCAACAGUGUGCUGACAGAAAAUGAACUUUUGGGGCCAAACAUUGACUAGUGGCUCAUGGGAUGUGAAAACAGUAAUCAUACUGCUUUCAUACUGCAUAUACAUAGAUGAGAUUGUGCUAAAUUUACUGUCAAGAUGCUGGAGUGGUGCACAGUAGAUUGUUUCCAGAAUGUCGAGGUGUUCACAAUGUCUUCUAGCCAAUCUAAAAAUAUCAAUCUCAAAUAUUUUGCACUUGCUGAAUUUGCAGCAGCAGCAGCUUGCAGAUUUGAUGUCCUAAAUGACAGCCCUGCCUUCCGUGUUUAGUUUACGAUCUCAAAUGUUGGACUGACUGUCUCUGUUUGCUUUAGGCGGAGAGAGAACUGAAAGUUAGGAGUGGUAGCAAAGGAAAGGUAGAGGUUUCUUAAUAGUUUACUAUCAGUGGCACUUGUGAAGGUAAGCUGCAAAAAAAACCAAUGCCAACAUUCUGGGAUCUUUAAAUUUAGACAACUUGCAUUGCAUAUGAAUUAAUCAGGAUUUUGUAUCAUUUAUAUAUACACUUAUUCAGAAUAUCCAUGCAGGAUAUCUAAAACUCCAUGCUUAAAUUAUGCCGAUACUGUAAUAUUCCAAUAGGAACAUGUAAAUGUGUAUCUAGAAUAGAAAAUCAUAUCAAAAUGUGUUUGUUCCCCUGUGUGCCAGACACUCAGAGAAGGAAAUAAGCAGGCUCAGAUGGAAGAGGCUCCACGUGUUCCUGGAGAAACCAUUAAAGCUAUUGUCAAAGAUGUGAUGUAUAUUUGUCCGUUCUCUGGGGUCGUGAGGGGGACUCUAACCAUCACUGACUACAAGCUCUUCUUUAAAAGCCUGACACGGGAUCCUCCGUUUGUGCUGGAUGUGAAUCUUGGAGCCAUUAGCAGACUGGAGUCUAUCGCCGUUCAGAGUCAUGGAGACAACACUCAAGGACUUGAGAUAGUUUGCAAGGACUUGAGAAACCCCCGGUUUGCGUACAAGAAGGAGGGUCAGAGCAAUUCGGAGGUGUUUGAAACACUUUCAAAGUACGCAUUCCCGCUCUCCCACAACCUGCCUCUCUUUGCCUUUAAGUACCGGGAGACGUUUCCAGAAGAUGGCUGGAAGAUCUACGACCCAGUCGUUGAGUAUAAGAGGCAGGGUCUUCCGAACGAGAGCUGGAUCAUCAGUAAAGUCAACAGCAGUUAUGAGCUGUGCGAGACGUAUCCCGCUCUGCUGGUCCUUCCUUCAAACGUCACAGAGGACGAACUGAAGAGAGUGGCGGCCUUUAGGGCCAAACGCCGUUUGCCAGUGCUGUCCUGGAUUCACCCUGAGAGUCAGGCCGCUAUCGUGCGCUGCGGUCAGCCGCAGGUGGGUCCAUCAGACCGCCGCUGCAGGGACGACGAGCGCUACCUGCAGACCAUUCUCGACGCCAACGCUCAGUCUCACAAACUCUGCAUCUUUGAUGCUCGCCAAAGCACUGUGGCUGACACUAACAAGGCCAAAGAUGGAGGAUAUGAGAAUGAGAGUCUCUAUAUCAAUGUGGAGCUGAACUUUCUGGAGAUCCCCAACAUGCACGUGAUGAGAGAAUCCCUGAGGAAGCUGAAGGAGGUGGUGUAUCCUGCCAUCGACCAGCAGCGCUGGUUCUCAUCUGUGGACUCUACGCACUGGCUGGAAUACAUCAGGCUCUUGCUAGCAGGUGCGGUGCGCAUCGCAGACCGUCUGGAGUCGGGGAAGACGUCAGUGGUGGUGCACUGCAGCGACGGCUGGGACCGCACGGCUCAGCUCACCUCUCUGGCCAUGCUCAUGCUGGACGCACACUACCGCUCGCUCAGGGGCUUCCAGGUGCUUCUGGAGAAGGAAUGGCUGAGCUUCGGACACCGCUUUGCCUCGCGAGUGGUACACGGAGAUGGGAACCAUGCAAACUCGGAGCGCUCCCCUCUCUUUGUGCAGUUCAUCGACUGUGUCUGGCAAAUGACCCGGCAGUUUCCCUCUGCAUUUGAAUUCAACGAGCUGUUUCUCAUCACGGUGCUUGAUCACCUGUACAGCUGCCUGUUUGGGACGUUUCUUUACAACAGCGAGCAAGAACGGGUCGCAAAGGAGGUGUACAGCAAGACCGUGUCUCUGUGGUCAUAUGUGAACAGCCAGCUUGAGGAGUUUACUAACCCGCUGUAUGUGAACUACGAGCACCAUGUUUUAUAUCCAGUAGCCAGUCUGAGGCAUCUAGAGCUUUGGGUCAGUUAUUAUGUGCGCUGGAACCCUCGCAUGAGGCCACAGGUUCCUGUUCAUCAGAGUCUGAAGGAGUUAUUGGUCCUGAAGUCAGAGUUGCAGAAGAAAGUGGAUGAGUUAAAACGUGAUGCAGCUUCAUCACAUUCUCUCUCCUCUUCCUCAGAGCAUGAAGGCAUGCCCAUGCAGACUACUGUCUGAGCUUAUCUUAUUAACUUGGUAAAUACUGACAUUAAAAUCAAUGAUAUUUGUUCUGAUCUCUGUCGUCACAGUUAGGUUAACAAUAAUGUUUACAUAUGUUUGAUAAUAUCCUAGUGUAAUCCUUGGGAUAAUAACCACUAUGUGGUCACUGGUGCCCCCUAAAUGCCAUAAAACCUCUGGCCACAUCACAUAGCACUACAGUUCAACAGUCAUUGUCUAUAGAGUUUUCUGUGCAUUGCUUUGUGAAAGCUGUUUAGAUUUAUAUAACAUAUUUUUGGGUGAUUUUAACAUCUGAGUUUUAUCGAGAGCUGCGUAUAUUGAAAAGCCUAUUUCAAGAAAUCGUGGUCAAAUUGUGUCAUCAACAAUAAUAAGUAUUCAGAAGUAAACAGUCGCUCUACAGAAAAUGCCUGAAUAUUCUAGUGACUUUGGCAAAAAAAAUAUUGCUCUUAUAUUGCAUACAAUAAUAACUCCACAACACUAAUUGAAAUGUAACAUAAUUUAAAAUCAUGCGUAAUAUAAAAUGUAUGCAUAACUUUGCUCUCUGGAAGUAAAUGACAUAUUUGUGUACAUAAACCGCCACCAUCUUUUAUUUUUGUUUUAAAUGGAUUUCAAUAUUACUAUGACAGUUUACUAAAAGUUGGUUAAUAUGUUAUUUUCUGAAUGUGUUUGUAAUACUCUUUUUUUUUAAGUGUUUUAUAGUAAUUUUAUAAUAAAUUUCUAAUUUCUUAUAAGCUCA